AUGGCUGGUGGUAGUCGAAACAUAGCAUUUUUUGAACAAAAAGCAUCAGUAAGCGUCGCAAGGCCAAAUGAAAAAUUUACUUUUUUUUCUGUUGCUGCAUGUGCUGCUUGGAACGAUAAUCUACAAUUAACCAUUACAGGACAUCGAAAUUCAAUAGAGAUCAACACGCAUACAGAAAUACUUCUCUUUGGUAAACCAAAACCUAUACUGCUUUUUUGGGAAAACUUAGACAAGAUCACUCUUGAGUCAUCUGGUGGUACUGCUCAUCCUAUGAGUGGUGGUGGGAACUGGACUCAUGUUCUAGUAGCUCAGCUAACAAUAGGUCCAUUUAUUGACGAAAACACCCUUUCAUGGAAUAUAACAUAA